AUGUUGAAGACUCUCGGUAAACCCAUGCCACUUUUAAUGGCAGCAAUCAUUAUCGCUUGUAUGAUACAAAUAAAAUCCGUAAAUGCGGACCACAUUGUUGUUCUUUGCCCCUCAUCCACAUCCCCACAAGCGAUCAUCAAAAAUUCAUAUCCGAUUACCGUAAAGGUAGUUUCUUCCGACAUGGCUAUCUUACAAAACCUCAAAAUAAAUAUUCUCUCGUCAAACAACAACACGGUUGAGAAAUUAGCGAGUGCGGAUAGAUCAAAUCCUAAUGGGGCUUUUAAUGUUACUACAUUUUGGAAUGUAGAUCCGGAGAAAUAUCAACCGGGCAUAUAUUAUAUAGAAUUCGAAAAGAAUCAAAUCUACAGAAACGAUGGCAAAUGGGUGCCGAUACAGGGAAAAGAAUACAUAGGCGUUGUUGUCAAAAAUGAGGAGGAUAGUGAUCCUGCAAACAAUGUUUGGUGUCCGCCAGGUUCUGCAUUCGGCGAAUAA